CCUGGUAGGUACGUUUUACCUGUGCCUGGCCCUCGCGGGCAGCGUUAAGAUCUUCCUGAAGCUUGGCUUCCGUCUUCGAGACCCGGCUUCGGACGUCCGCCAGCUGACGCUUGAGUUUCUUUUUCUGGUUCUCAAGCGUGUUCAGACGACGUUCCAGCUGGUCCAACAGGUUCACUUCAUAGAUGCCAGGCGCCCGCCGCAGAAAGAACCAGGAGAGAAGGGAUAUUAGGAAAAGUAGCACAUCCAAGUUGAUCAUCAUUUUGCGAUCUGGGGCAUACUAUUGCAGACAACUAGAAAAGAAUAGAGAACACUUCUGCUUUUUCUCUUUGACUGGCGCUCGUAGUUGCCUGACGCACGUGCGCGCGUUCCGUUUGCACUGUUUUGGAGUUCAGCGCCACCUACCUUUAUUUUUGUGCGUCUGCUCCGUGUGACCAUUAUCUGUGUCUGUGUUUAUUUCUGUCUUGCAUCGUCAUUUUAUGGUUUUUGUAAUGAGCUAGCCAUUAGUAAACCGGUUGUAGGUUGCGUCGUCCAACACCCUUCGUCACCUGCCGUCAUGCUGCUUCGAAGCAUACACGUCUAUUUCGUGCCUUUUACGUGACUAUUUCGUGCAUCAUGUUGGUUUCACGUUUCUCAUUCAUUAUGGCACCAGUCAUUUUAUCAUGUCGCGCUGAAGUGAUUUACGUUGCCUUCGUGUGAACGCUUACAAAAAGGCUCAACCCUGUGAGUCCAAGAUGUUUCGAAACGAAAGUCACUUUUGUUGAGACCACAAUGCAUGACGCAAGAUGAUCAAUUUCGAUGAUGAUGGGUACCCUCAAACAAAUUCCUAGCUAACGUUUUAACUCAGAUGGUGACCUAACUGUGGAUAAGACUGCUAAAAAAAUGGAAGCCAGUGGCUCAUACGAGAAGAUCACCGAGGCAUCCAGGUCCUUUCGACCGACGCAUGUGCUGUCAUUGAGGACAAGACUUGCCUACAGUGUCGGACAUGUCUUGAAUGACUUGUGUGCGUCUAUGUGGUUUACCUAUCUCCUGCUGUACUUCAUCAUGGUGCUCGAAUUCAAGAACACACUGGCAGGUGCCCUUAUGUUGGUAGGACAAAUUGCGGAUGGUCUGGCGACACCUUUCGUGGGUAUAGAGUCUGACCGGGACGAUAACUUCUGGAUGUGUCGUUAUGGGCGACGCAAGACGUGGCAUCUUGUAGGUACUCUGUGCGUGGUCGGAAGCUUUCCUUUCCUGUUCACUCGUUGUGUGUCGUGUACAGAAGCUGCACAAACAUCGCAGUUUGUCUACUAUGCAGCCUUCAUCAUCAUCUUCCAGUUCGGUUGGGCAGCCACACAAGUGUCACACCUGUCCCUCAUUCCCGACCUCACACCCAUCUCCCAUGAGAGAGUGGAGCUGAACACCCUCAGGUAUGCAUUUACUGUGGCAAGCAACAUUGUAGUGUACAGUGUCAUGUGGGCAGUUCUUGGACUUGCUGGUGAUAAUACAUCGUCAGGUAAAAGUACAUCAUCUGGUGACCCAUCAUCACCCAGGGGUGGUGAAACAAAAGUUGGUCCGGUCGAUGCCCAUGUCUUUCAGAAAGUUGUGUUCAUUGUCGUUGGAUUAGGUGCAGUAUUCUCGUUACUGUUUCACUUACUCGUGAGGGAUCCAUCAGUCACACGCAGGAACAGUGGACUACUGGGUCGGAACGAGUAUUUGAAAACGCUUGUUUUGGACAAGUCAAAGCACCUUCGGUGGAAGGAUUGGUUUAGGCAUGGAAACUUUUAUCUGGUGGGCUUGCUGUACAUGGCCACACGUCUUUAUGUAAAUCUUAGCCAAGUUUUUAUUACAAUGUACCUUCAGAGUACGCUACGUCUACAUAGGCAAACUAUAGCAAUCAUACCUCUGGUGAUGUAUGUCAGUGGAUUUUUCUCAUCAUUCACUAUGAAAUUCGCUUCCAAGAGGAUAGGCAUAAAGAAUGUCUACAUCACUGGUGCCAUCCUGGGCAUUAUUGGCUCUGUUUGGAUCUCCUUCGGUAAUGAGUGCUUGCGGUAUACCCAUUACGAGAUCUACGCCAUUGCAGUGCUCAUUGGAAUGGCAGGCACAACAAUGCUUGUCACAAGUUUAUCCCUCACAAAUGACCUCAUCGGAGGACACACAAGCAGUGGUGCAUUUGUCUUUGGUGCUAUGAGCUUCUUGGACAAGCUGGCUAAUGGGAUUGCUGUCAUUGUUAUUGAAGACGUGUGCUCUAAGUUAAACUGCAAGAACGAGGAUAUGAAGUACUACCAGUAUGUCAUGGUGUACGCUUGCGGAGGUGCAGCAGCGUUUGGCCUCAUGUUCAGCCUGUGUCUUUGCUGGGUCAAGGACCUGUCUGCUCCUGCACAGAAUGGACCUCCGGAGCUUCCACCGUCCAGGGAGGGAGACAUUAACGGUGACGACGAUGACGCUCCUCUGCUUGGUGAGUCGAGCACGGCCAGCAACAUUGUUGCGUGAUAUUACUGUGGCAACGAGUGAACUGCAAACAAACUUAUGAAAGUGAGAAGGUUGUAAUCACACAGACUUGGUGCUCUUGAGUCUGUGUUACCAGUUUAUGCAGCUUAUGGGGUGUACAGUGGUUUGGGUAUUUUAUUUCAUAUAAUUAUUCAUAACUUUUUUAUGACAAAGUAUAUUUUUCUACCUCUGUUCCUCUCAUCGGGGAGCUCUGUCACGAUGCAGCUGAAGAAAUGCUGCAGGGUAACGACGUAGCAUAGCAUGUUGCUGUGAAUGUUUAUGCACUGAAUCUUCAUGAUGGAAGUGGAAUAGCAGUGUUAGAGCCGCUACAUAUGAUGUUUAACUUUUAAUAUGCUGCAACAUAGAUGCAAAAAGAAAAACAUGGCCUUCAGUUAAUGCCAGAGUCGUAGUUGAUGUGCAGAUCGGACGUAACAUCCCUUGCGUUAUGGGGAAGUAAUUGUUGAUGGCUGCAUAGAAAGUCUCACCAUUUGUUUAUGAAGAUAUAUUUAUCACAUUGAAUUAGUAUUUCACUGGUGCUCCUUAUCUCUUUGUUAUUGGUGCAGUACGUAUAUUGUUUUAAAGAAUGGCACAUGUUCUAUAGCUGUUAAUCCGUGUGUACUGCGUUUCUAAUACCUGUAAACAACGCAUCAUGUAAGUCUAACCGUCAGUCUUGCAACUCAAAUUAAAAAACAAGGUGGUUUUAUGGCAAGGAAUAUAGUAGAAGCACAAAAACUAAAUGUAGGCUAAAUUUGUCUAAGCAUGCUGAUUGAUCACCACUAUAUUCCUUAUUGCUGUCAGCGACCUCUAUACUGUCACAUGUGCAGUUCAUACCAUUGCAUAUCAGGCAUUCAUUAGUGCACACAGUCAUGAUCCAUUAUGGCCCAUUGCAAGGGUCUGACCUUUUCGGGUUAAAUGUCUCCCGGAUUUGGGGUGUUGGGAAAUCGGGUGCUACAAUGGAAUCUCACUAAACGGAAAUUGCUUAAAGGGAAUUUCUGCUUUAACGGAACAACAGCCGUGAGGUUGUUUGGGUUCGUAUUUAUGCAAUGCAAAAAUGUUCCCAUUAAAUGGAACGACAAUUGUUACACCACUGAGUAAACAGAACAGACAACGGGACUGACUGAACGGAACUGCCGUCGCUUUCUGUGCGGCCAUGAUUAGGAUUAGUACGUUAGCAGUAGUAAAUGCCAUUUCCAACGGCAUCGCAGAAGCGUGCACCUCAAGCUCUCGAUCUUCAAAUCAAGAUCGAAGUUAUCAACAAUUUUAAGAGUGGUUGCUACACAAAAACUGCGCGUACGAUGAAGUAAGGGAUGCUGAAAAGUACGCAAACGAGAACUCUUAGCCAAAUGUACAAGCUGCACGAUGCUUUUAGUCCUUCAUGAUUUGGACCACAAAGAAAAAGUCUUGGACUCGGUAGCUAUGAAGAACUUGAAAAGUGCUUGCUACUGUGGAUAAAAUGUGCUUAAAGUAAGAAUAUCCGAAUGAGUGGGCCAAUUGUUCGUGCGAAGCUGGUACAUCUCAAUGGGGACCAGAAUAAAGUUGAAAACUGUGUGUGUAUUCCUUGCCUUUGAUGCAAAAAUGAGCAUAGAGGCUGCUUACAGCUUCUGCACACCUGAACCAUUUAACAUCUCACACACAACUCAGUAAAUGGAACUCCCGAUAAAUGGAACAGAUUUUCCGGAUCCCUUGAGGUUCUGUUUAGACAGAUUCCACUGUAUUUUGAAACCUGAAAUUCUGGGUAAGAUCCGGUGGUAUUGAUACAAUAGGGUGCUAUCGGGUACUGUUCUUAUUUCUGACCAGCAAGCUAUCCAUAGUUCGAGGCACAUAUAUUGGUGAAACAUGCAUUCCUCGUUACUUAUAGUCACAGACACCACAUGAUAAGAUAACAACAUUAAAUGUGCUUCGCAUGUUGCACUCAGAUAGUAUUUUUGUUAGAUGUAUGCGCGGAUUGCCACUAAAUCAUGCACGUGAUAUCUGACAAUGCAAUACGUGAUUGUAAUCCUGGGAGAAAUCGCCUUUAAAUUGAAAUUGUCCAUAACUGAUUCGGGAGGGAAGAAUCGGGCGAAGUAUAGCGUUCAAACCGAAAGACUCAGACCCUACCCAUUGCUUGUCUUCCCUUACCCAGUGUGUCUGUGGUAUUGUCACUAAUUUUGGAUGAACUCAAUGGAGUAACAGAAGGGCUAUGUAGCAUUGUUAGAAAUGUGCAGUGAGAGAUAGGCUGUGGUGUAAGCCAUGGUAUUACAGAAGGUCAUCCCUCAAAGUGUGUGCUGUACUAUAAUAAAUUUUAACGUCUUUCAUUACUGUUUUUAGCCGAACUCAUCACUGUUGCAUGCUCAGUUCACCUGAUGUCUUCGAUACAGCAUGCGAUUGUUUUAUUACAUUAUCAUAUUGUCACACUGUGUUAUGUACAGUUAAAUGUUCCAAGUAUUUAUAAAGCUUUGCAAAUGGGAAGCAGAGUUACUUGUUAUAUAAUUGUUGCAAGUGGUGAUUGUUGUUACCAAGGUAAAUAAAUGCGUAAAUUGAUCUAUCAGUGAAUGUAACAGUUGUUUAUUACGUUGUAUCACUGAGCAAUGCUGGGUCUUGGUUUGCAGCUAUGAACUUUAUUUUGCAGUUUAUGUCGUGCUUCCACCUGAUUUGUCUUUGUACAAGCCUCUUACCUUUGUAAAUGCACCUCUUGUUCCGUUAAUAUAUUGUUUUUCUUCUUGCCACUGUUGGGUGCUAGUCACGAUAUCUAUUUUCUGGGCGGACUUGAACUGUUCCUCAACUACUGUUUUAACAUUCCAUAUUAUGAACUAAUAAAAUUUCACAAGUCUUCUCA